GCACCAACCAGGCCUGCCAUUUCAAACUCUCUUAACCAAAGCCCAAAAGCCCAAUUUUGGGCCCAAAAAAGAAGGUUUUAGCCCCAUAUAAACAAUCGCUAGGGUUUUGCUCCCAUUUCUCAUCUGCCCGCUAUAAAUCACACGCGAACACAAGCACACAGUGCGAGCAGCUGCAAUGGCGCCCAAGCGGACAACCCGAAACCCGGAGCUCAUUCCCGGAGUCCGUAAGGUAUCACGCUCCAGGAUGUAUCACAAGCGCGGCCUGUUUGCGAUCAAGGCCAAAAACGGCGGCAAAUUUCCGCACCACGAGAAGGCUGCCGCCGCCGCUCCUGUGGCGGAGAAGCCACCCAAGUUCUACCCGGCUGACGACGUCAAGAAGCCGCUUCUCAACAAGCGCAAGCCUAAGCCCACCAAGCUGAGGGCCAGUAUCACACCAGGGACGGUGUUGAUCAUCUUGACUGGACGGUUCAGGGGGAAGAGGGUAGUCUUCUUGAAGCAGCUCACUUCUGGAUUGCUUCUCGUUACUGGUCCAUACAAGAUCAACGGUGUACCUCUGAGGCGUGUGAAUCAGGCCUAUGUUAUUGGAACCUCCACAAAGGUUGACAUUUCUGGAGUAAAUGUGGACAAGUUUGACGACAAGUAUUUCGCCAAACAAGUUGAGAAGAAGAAAAAGAAGGGGGAAAGUGAGUUCUUUGAAGCUGAGAAACAGGAAAAGAAUGAACUCCCUGCAGAGAAGAAAGAAGACCAGAAAGCUGUUGAUGCACCUUUGCUAAAGGCAGUCGAGGCUGUUCCUGAUCUGAAGACCUAUUUGGGUGCACGGUUUUCCCUCAAGUCUGGCAUGAAGCCCCAUGAGUUGGUCUUCUAGACUUUAUUUUGUUUAAUUUUACUGUGUGUUGUCCUCCUUUGAACAAGUUUUGUUAGAGAUGGUGAGGAUACACUUCAUUUGGUAUAAACGUACGAAGUUUUUGGUCAUGAUAUCUUAUGGUAAUCUUUAUAAUGCAGCGCCUUGUUGUUUUUGAUUUUAAUUAUUUUUGUUGAGUUUCUUUAACUCAACCACUUUUUUU